GGAGAAUACCGGAAUAGUAGCAUCAGAACACACACCCAGCAUGGCUCCGUCUGCCACGCAUUCUGGAGAGAUGGCAGCAGGCGUGUCUUCGAUCCAAGAUUCAAUACCAGCCAAGGUGACCGCGUUACCAUCAGGCGCCAUUAGCACACAAACAUCACCAGUAACCAAUACAGCGACAGCACCAGCUGAGGUGACCGCACUACAAUCAGGGCCCUCUGGGGUACAGCCAUUAGGAUCAAACGCAGUACAAACAUCACCAGUAUCCAGUGGAACAGCAACAGCGGUGAAAAUAGCAACACCAGUAGCGAACAGUAACGCACCACCAACACAAAUGAACGACGCAACACCACCAGCAAUAACUAUAAAGGAAGAAUCAUUGAAGGAGUUCCAACUGGCCAUGCUGAGAGAACACAAUAGCAUGCGAAUAAGACACGAAUCAAAACUGUUGGAGCUAGACGCCAACCUUAAUGCUGUGGCUGGAUUUUAUGCAAGAUCUUUAGCGCAGAAUCCUCCGCUCAAAGGUGCUUAUAGCCUUCUUCCAGGAGGAAUAGGUCAGAAUACUUAUACACGCUGUGGAAAAAGUUUACGUGGUGCAGAAGUAACCAAAAUUUGGUAAGUAUUUCCUAAAACCUGGGGGGAAACAUUCUCCCACG